CAUUAUGUACGGCCCAGCUUUAACUGAGCGCACAGUGAUGUAGUACCGGAUCCAUAUUAUAUACAAGUUAGUUUUACAUCUGGAUUGGUAUUUAACUUCAAAUUGACCGAAUUAAAAGGAAUGUCGACCGUACCUCGUACAAAAUCUCGGUACUGUUAACAGGGCGAAAUAAACAACAUACCGCUUUGAUAUGUCGGGUGACCUUUUAAUCCAAGGGAUGUAACUCUUGUUACACAGUGGAGUCUUAACGUGUGAAUUAGCAAGUCAUCAAUUACUAUGUUAGUAUCGUGUAAUGUACGUGUGUAAUGCCGCUGGUGAAUUAAUGCGCGUGAAGACCGCGCGCUGUCAUCGACAGCUCGGGAGCGAGGACCUAUAGGAUUCGUCAGUGUGGUUGGAGAGUAUUGUGACAUACACAGCGGUGUAUAUACCUUGAUACGGUGCAUAACUUCAGUACGACUUGAUAUCGAUCUAAAAUAUCGAUUUCUGAAAUAAACUAUAGAUCAGCCAUAAACAUUAGAAUCCUCAUAACAGGGACAGAUUACGAUCUCACGAUCAUUAUUGUGUUGUGAAGCAAGUAAUGUGAAGCGAAUGAAUUGUUGUCAAGUACUAUGUGAUUUGGAUCUUUCUCGUACUCAAGGUGGUAUUCCAUAUGUCUUUUUCCUUCUCCAUUAGUGACGCCAGCUUUACAUGCAAAGGAUGUGCUUAAGAUUACAAAUGGAAAAAUAAGUUAUCUACGGAUUAUGAAUACAAAAUAAUCUCCGGAAAAAUCUCCGGAUGUGAUCCAUUGGAAAAUCCACGACGACAAACGAGGAUGAGCCGGUGUUAGUGAGGAGAUUGAUAUAAGUGACAAACGUUUCAUCGACUAGGAUUACACGCCUGCUAAUAAGUGGCUAGUCCUGGAGGAUCAGAUAUUUGAGGAGCGUAUUAGCAGCAGUUGUAAUAAUGACAUUGUGUUAGAAUGAGGAUGCAACAGGAUUGCACAACAGAAUGGCUAGCUCUCGGAGAUAGUGGUUAUAUACACAGGCAGCAAAGAUCGUUAAAUUACAGAGCUUACAGGUUCGUACAACGAAAUGUUGGCAAACCAAGUCUCUUGAAAGGAAAAGUGUUAUAGUGCGCUCCGUCGAUGGCAAAGAGGAAUGCCACACCGGUUUAUUCUUUUUACGGAAUAAAAUAGGAAGCGAAACGAGAGGAAAUGCUUAUACAUAUAAUGUGAUUCAUUCCAAGUUCCAGAUAAGAUAGAGAGUAACCUCCCUUAAAGUCCUCGAUUCAGCAAAUGAUAUUGUAAAAUAACACGAGGAAGUGUGUCAUUAUAUCAGAAUGAUUGAAGAGGCACGCGGAACGGAAAACACAUUGCCCCGUGGGGUUCACGAGAUUCAUUUAUAGAGGAUCAAAUAUGAGACUGGAUAAAAAAACGAAACGCAAAUCAGGAAUAGAACCUUCUGUACUGUACCAUAUAUUCAAUAUGGAGAUCGUAUUAUAUCUCGCACUUUUGCUUAUUUGCGGAAGCUGCCUUGGAAAACAGGAAGUGAAAUUGGGAGUUCUACUUCCGUCUCAAGGAAAUCAUCUUUUCAUAAAAAACAAGGUUCUCCCAGCUAUCGAAUACGCUAUAGAAUCGAUUGAGAAUUCUACAAAAUUACCUAAUCAUAAAUUUGUCGUAAAUUACCGCGAUUCCCAGUGUUCGGAGACGAUUGGACCUCUGAAGGCGAUAGACCUGUACGUUGACCGCGAUGUCGACGUGUUUUUCGGCCCGGCCUGUGAUUACGCCGUGGCGCCGAUAGCCAGAUUUUCCGGAUAUUGGAACAUACCAGUGAUUAGCGCAGGUGCAGCAGUCAGGGCCUUCGAUAACAAAACAGAAUAUAAAUUACUAACGAGAAUCAGAGGAUCGUUCGCAAAAAAUGCGGAAUUCGUACAGGAAGUUGCCAAAGCAUUUAAUUGGUCAAAUGUGGGACUAUUUUUUAAUGAAAACAUGGGGGCGAAGGGCAAAGGAAAAAGUGACUGUUUCUUUGCCGUCGAACCAAUAUUUUAUAUGCUUAAGAAUCAAUUUAACAUUCAACCAAAAUAUGAACAAUUUGAUGAGAAUUUCCCGGACGACCACGAUUAUGGAGAACUACUUCAAAAAGCUUCGAAAUACACAAGAAUUGUGGUCCUGUGUGCGUCCGCCGACUCAGUUCGAGAAAUCAUGAUCAAGGCACACGAGCUCAACUUCGACAACGGCGAGUACGUCUUCCUAAAUAUCGACCUAUUCAGCAGUAAAAACGAAAGUGAAAAGCCAUGGGAACGAGAAGACGAUACGCCGGAAAGAAACGAAAAGGCCCGAAAGGCUUACGAAGCCUUGAUGACGGUUACCCUCCGUAAGCCUACUUCUCCCGAGUACAAACAUUUCUCGGAGGAGGUUAAAAAACGAGCCGAAUCAAAAGACAGAAAUUUCACCUACGGGGAAGAAGAGGUGAACAGUUUUGUCGGCGCCUUCCACGACGCUGUUAUACUCUACGCUAUCGCACUCAACGAGACUUUAACGAGAAAUCGCUCCAUUACAAACGGAACCGAGAUUACCAAGCUCAUGUGGAACCGUACAUUUGACGGAAUUUCGGGGAUCACAGGUACGGUCAGUAUUGAUGACAAUGGUGACAGGAAUGCCGAUUACUCUCUACUAGACAUGGAUCCGUCGACAGGCAAAUUCCAGGUGGUUGCCAAUUACUAUGGGAACAAUAAAGAAUACAAACCAGAAGCAAACAAGAAAAUUUUCUGGGCAGGUGGGCGGAGUUCACCUCCCCCGGACACGCCCACGUGUGGCUUUGAUGGAUCAAAGUGUCCUCCGAGUGAACCGUUUCCGGAGUACGGGAUUGUGAUAAUCGUCCUCGGGUCACUGUUAGUCAUAGUCUUGGUCACAGCCUUCUUCAUCUAUAGACAUAUUAAACUCGAGGCCGAGUUGGCCGAGAUGAACUGGCGAGUUCGAUGGGAAGAUAUCAUGUUUGGUUCAAUGGAAAACGACAAAAAACUGAAAAGACAAGGAAGCAGCGUCAGCUUAAACAGGAAAAUGUCCCUCGUUAGCAGCACGUGUUCCGUGGAUACCAUAGCUGUCCACCUCAGUGAUGUUGGGCAGCGACAACUGUUUACUAAGACAGGCUAUUACAAGGGCGCCAUUGUAGCUAUCAAAAGUAUUAACAGAAGCAGUCUUACUGUCAACAAGCCACUUCUUAUAGAGGUCAAACGGAUUAAAGACCUCCAGAAUGACCAUACAGUACGCUUCCUAGGGGCCUGUAUAGAUCCGCCAAACAUGUGUAUACUUACAGAAUAUUGUCAAAAAGGCAGUCUACAGGAUGUUUUAGAAAAUGAACAAAUCAAAUUAGACUGGAUGUUCAGAUACUCCUUGAUGCAAGACAUAUUAAGGGGUAUGACGUACCUUUCUAGCAGCGAUAUCCGUAGCCAUGGUAACCUUAAAAGUACCAAUUGUGUGGUGGACGGCCGCUUUGUGUUAAAGAUCACAGACUUUGGCCUUCAUGCUCUCAGGAGUCCACCGGAAGAUGUCGAGGAGGGCAUGUAUGCCUACUACAGAAAACAACUCUGGACGGCGCCUGAGCUUCUACGUAUGCAUCACCGACCCCCAGAGGGAACACAGAAGGGAGACGUAUACAGCUUUGCGAUCAUCUGUCAGGAAAUCGUGUACCGUUCAGGAGUAUUCUACUUAGCUAAUCUUGAUCUCAGCCCAGAAGAAAUCCACCAGAAGGUUAAGAAUGGUCUGAAGCCUUACUUCCGGCCCACUCUAGAAGAGGCGGAUUGCCCGUGUGACGAAUUGGCCGAGGUCAUCCGAAAGUGUUGGUCUGAAGAUCCAAUGGAGAGACCGGACUUCCAGGCUCUCAAGUCCAUCAUUCGGAAGCUCAACAAAGAUGGGGACAAAGGGAACAUCCUCGACAAUCUGUUAUCUCGAAUGGAGCAAUACGCCAACAAUCUCGAGGCUUUGGUGGAAGAAAGGACUUCAGAUUAUUUAGAACAGAAGAAAAAAGCCGAGGAUCUCCUAUACAUGAUGUUACCCAAGUCAGUAGCUGGACAGCUUAUGAGAGGGGAGACAAUCCAUGCUGAAACGUAUAAUUGUGUGACAAUUUACUUCAGUGACAUUUGUGGAUUCACGGCCAUGUCAUCGGAAUCCACCCCCAUGCAGGUUGUAGCUUUGCUGAAUGACCUUUACACAGCGUUUGACUCCGUUAUAGAAAAUUUUGAUGUAUAUAAGGUUGAAACGAUAGGAGAUGCAUAUAUGGUGGUAUCCGGUCUGCCCAUGCGCAAUGGAAAUUUACACGCUCGUGAGAUAGCCCGCAUGUCAAUAUCUUUACUGAAUACUACGCUGUCUUUCAAAAUACGUCAUCGACCAAACGAGCAGCUCAAACUACGUAUCGGUAUCCAUACAGGUCCAGUGGUAGCCGGUGUCGUUGGUCUCAAGAUGCCUCGAUAUUGUCUGUUUGGAGACACAGUUAACACGACUUCCAGAAUGGAAUCAAAUGGUCUACCACUAAGGAUACAUGUGAGUCCUAAUUGUAAAGAAGUACUGGAUACGUUUAAAACGUUUGAGUUAGAACUACGUGGACCAGUGGAGAUGAAGGGCAAGGGAACUGUGAUCACCCACUGGCUUGUGGGAGAGCGGGCCCCGGCUAGCCAAGACAAAGAGAGUAUCAUUUAAAUCCACCAAUGACAUCAGAUCUUGGAGAUCAGUCAACCAAUGGAAACAGUUGUUAUAAAAAGCGUGUGCUUCCGAGAAACAUGCUGGUUAAUGUUGUGAUAAAAUAGGUUGAUCAAUAAACCCCCACGACACACGUCAACUGAUGUUGAUUUACUGAGAUUGUGACAUUUAUCAACCAAUGGAAAUACAUAUCUAACUCACAUUAGCCAAUAGGAAGCCAGGGUUCAUAAUUAGAUGUUCAAAGCAUACUAUGUUACAUCUAAUAAUAGACACGAAAUGACAACAGCUGUAGCGGACACCGUAAGUGUGUCUUUUUAGGCUUAAAGACUACAGAGAUCUAUUGACGCAAUUCCCAGUGCAUUAACUUAAGGUAGUGGAAGAGAGUGUGAUUAAUAUUGUGUUUAUCAGUAAGUUAUUCCUAUUGGCCUUCCGAUGUAAACACGUGUUUACGAUUAUUAUGUUGAAAUGAGUCUAUCAUUUUCAAGAAACCAUAUGUUUUAUUGACGUAUUGUUGGAACAAAACCUUAUCAGUUUAAACUCUAUAUAUUCCUUAAAGUGUUUACGAGAUUAAGUAAAGCCAUAACACUAUGUAUUAUGAUAUAUUAUGACAAUGAAAAUAGGCAAAGGUAUCACUGAUAUAUUAGAACAAUGAAAACGUGUUCCCCCAAUCAAAACACAGGUCGAAUGUACACAUGGAUAGGAAUGUAUACGUCUUCUCACAUCUUGUCAUUAAAUCAAAAUAUGUACGGUAUUAAUACACGUCUCGGAAUAUGGCAGAUUUGGCUUUCAUGUGACCGUGGCAUAGUUUGUAUGUCGUUAACAAAACAUUUCAGUUCAUUCGAAACUAAUGAACGAAUGACCCGAUAUACUAGAAUGUCAAAACACAGGAGAACUAGGAAGAAUCAUAGUUAACUUGGCAUUGUGUGCGAACAAAUCUACGACAAUACAAGCAGGGAAUAUGUUACCUUUAAUAGCAUCGUGAACAAGUUAAAUGAAUUAAAUGAGGAAUGCUAUCGUUUACCUGAGGGAGAAAAAUGAGGAGGAACAUUGAACGUGUUUUGAAGUAUUUGAGAUAUUAGCAAGUCUGUUUUGUGACGAGCAGUUUUGGAGGUGAACGGUAUAAUGUUUAAGUCGAGUUAGACGAUUACGAAAAGGAUGCGUUCCCGAAAUAACAAAUUUGUAUUGGACCGUUUGGAGGAUAUCAGCCAAGUAAGGUUGAAAAAAAUGAACUUUUAUUAAGUGUUAUUGAUUAGCUUCAUAACGAUUGUUCGGGACACUCGGAGCUGGACAAUUUCAGUAUAAAAGACUUUAUGAGUACUUUUCGUGAGGGAAAAUGAAUUUCAUCCGUAUAGAUAAUCUGUUCCUUCUUUUUGAAAGGUAAUUGAACGAUUUUGACUUGAAUACUGAAAUGUUAAUUUUGUAAGCUACAGUGAUUCUAAAUUGGAUCUCUGGUUUGAGGGACACUUAACGAUUUAGUGUGGAAUGCGGAGAUGUUAAAUAAACAUUUUCCAACAUUCAACGGAUUCAUCAGCGGAUGUUAAUAUGUGACCGAGGAAAUCGAUUCCAAGUACACAUGUAUCGUAUGUUAACGUUUCGAACACGAAGAUUAAAAUCGGCUUUGAAUGAAACUUUCGAAGAGGAAGAUUAAAAUCGGCUUUGAAUGAAGCUGAAUUGUUUUUCCGACCCAAAUGUUGGCUAAUAUGAGCAAGAAUACAGGUAUAACGAAGAGAACAUAAUGAAGGAAUGAAAAUAUAUACCCAACAAAGCUGUCCAGGUGAAACUGAGUAGAUUGACAUAUUUGGGGAAAUAUUUGACCAUUUCGAAUCGUCUCGGACAUCUUAAAACCAUUGGAUAUGCGUAUAAUGUGCUACAAUAACACAUACCAACAUGUGCGAUAACUGAGUAAAAUAUACCACGUCAACGGAAUGGAUUCAGUCCAGAUAUAUUACCAAAUGAAAUGACUUUUAGAUUUCUGCUGACAUACGGAGAAAAAAAUGGUAUUGAAAGUGAGAAACAUUCGUUAGAGGUAGUUAUUUCAGAAAUAUAUACACCAAUAUUAACUGAUGUAACGAGAGUUUUGUGUUGGUGCGUGAGAUCGGGAGAUUUGUCGGUUGGAUAACGGGAGACAAAUCUGUGAACAAUGGGGGAAAAACAUGUCUCAUGAUGGUUUACUGUGACCCAUGAACUGAUGUUUUGAUGAUUAUUAUAUUGUUUCUGUUUUGACUACUGCGGUUUGUGAUAUUAUAGAAAUAUUGUGAUGUCCCUUAUAAAAUAUUGUAGUUGUUCAAACAUAUGAGAAUAUAUAUAAAUAUAAAUUCAUUAUAUAAAUGUAAUAUAUAUAUAUAUUAUAUAAGUACAAUACCUUUAUCUGUUGAUCUAGUUUGUCUUAGCUCUGAUAUGAGUGUCCAUAAAAUCAGACUUCGAGGAAACAACACUCCGUUUCCUUUGAAUUGUCAAAGAAACGGAUAUGGAAGAUUUUUUUUCGAAUGUUUAAGAGGUUCGAAUUUCGGUAUGUUAUUGAUUAAUGCACAUAAUGUAUGUAAGUAACUAUACGGUAAUGUUCAGGGCGUGGUAAGCACUUUACCAUUUUGUUUUGUUUUUCAAUUUCUUAUAGUGUGUUAGUAUGGAUGACGAAACAAUUAAAUUACAUUGUUUUAAAACGAACAUAUUUAAGCGUUUAUUUCAAUUCUGCACAUCCCUGUCACAUAUAUCUAUCCUAUGUUGAUUGCGUUUUACUUAAACGAUUAUUGACCUGUUGUAGUUUUAAACAACUAUUCGGUUUCUGUAAAUUGAAAACCUUUAACUGUAGACAUCAUGGAGUUAGGAAAACGAUUUAAUAUUAUUGGAAGAUUUGCUUUAUUUUACUCGGUAGUUUGGCUUAAUACUGUAACUAAAUAUUUUUUAUCAUCUUUUUUUAAAGAAAUUCUUAUCAUUCGAAAAAGAAACCCAAUUAUUUGUUUAUUUCCCAAAGUUUAGUUUCAGUCAAACAUUGAAACUAUUAUUUGUGUUGAAGUAAUGCUGAAAUGAAUAUCUAGGUUUUUUUUAUAGAGCUUGGUUGUUUUAAGAACAUAUGUAGGUUUUUUUUCCUAAUUUUUUUUAUAUUAUUUAUUUAUUUAUUUUUAUUUCUUGUUUGUUAAUUUCGCGUAACAAAAUUGAGCAAUAUGGUAAUAUAUUUUACUGCAAUAUUCGGAGAAGGCUUUAUCUAACCUCCAUUCCCCAUCACUAUGAUCUUUGAUUGAGAAAAACAUCGCAGAAUGUUCAUGAAAUAAUUCGUAAACAUAAUAAUGGUCAUCCUCCUUUAAAAUCAUCAACAGAUUGUUGUAGCUAUCCUAACACCAUAUUAAAGUCUGUGUGAAUUUAUUAUACUGCCAACGUUAAGCUCACUGUCUGCGAUGUUUAAUAUCGUGAUAGUUUCAACAUAUAAAAACACACCAAAACAUUGUUUUAACAUAUUUGUUUAUCAUUAAAUAUGUGUGUUGUAUUUUUGUUAAUUCGCCUUGAGCAUUCGACUGCUGGUUCUCCUAGGCUUCAAAGAUUUCCUGAAUUGUAUUAUCACAUUUGAUGUAAUAUGUGUAUUUGAAGCAAUGGCGCGUUAUCGAAGUUACGUAAAGUGCAGGAACUAUUGUUUAUAAAUCAUACGAUUGCAAAGAGUGUUAUAAAGUUAUUUCAUACAUGUAUCUCGAAGAAAACUAUUUUGUCUACUACAUGUAUAUAAAAAAUGUGUGUUCGGUGAGAUUUGAUCUCGUAAGUGAUUGAAUUGACACGAUGAACAGUCGAUAACAGCCAGGUAAUCCUUAUUGAUACCAUGAAAGGACCGUGUUUGAAACGGAAGUAGAAGUUUAUACCGGAAAUGUCAUCAGUAUCUUCGUAACGCUUGUUUGCUACGGAAAUAUCACUAUCAUUUUACGUGACGCUAAAACUGCACAUGUUUGACCACCGCCAUUGUUACAAUUCAUGAGUGUCCGCACAACGAGACAAUUCAUAUUUUUCGAUCAUUUGUUUCGUUAUAACUUUCAAAAAUGACUUCUUAGAUUUCUUACGGUCUGGUCUGAUUGUUUUUUUUUUUUCUCGCCGAGUUAAAUAAUUAAGAAUCUCGUUUAGUUAAUUUCUCUUGAACAUAACUGAUUUCAGCGACUUUCACGGAAAAGAAUAGUAAACAACUACUAAUUGCAAUUUUAAACAAAAACAUUAUUUUCUUUGUGUGUUAUAAUUAACAGUUCACAUGACAGGAAAUCUGGGGACAUAUGGACAGUUAUAAUAACGUUAAACCAUGAAAAAACAAACAUAUCAUUUCAGGAAAUCUAAGGGUGGAUGUUUAAAUGCCAUGUGGGCCUUCUGCUGUUUUUUUCUCUCGUAGCGAGUGUUUCAACUCUCACUUUUAAUAUUUACAUUUAUAUUAGGUAGAACGUAGAUUUAAUUCUAUUCAAUUUUACUAUUUUUUUUCUUUUUACUUUAUGUAUUCUUUGAUGAGUUAUAUUUUCGUACAACUAUUGAUUUAUAUUUUGUGUUCAAUGACAUAACUGCUGACUGUUCUAGAGUAUCACUAUACUUCCUUAUUUACACAAAUUGCACAACCAUACCUACGACUUAGUUUCAAUAUUUAUUGUUGAUUAUAAUUAUAUCGUUUAUAUAAUGAUAACUAGCAGUAUCUGUCUACCUAAUUAGUUAUUUAUAGAAAACAAUAGGAUCUUUAUAUUGUUUAUGGAUUCCAAUUGUAUUGUAUAUCUUUAAAAUGUCUUACCCACGGAUAAAUAUAGGCCCAUAUAUUAAAUGAUAUAUGAAUGCUAAUUUCGUGAUUUUUUUUUUCUUUUUUUUCUGAUUCAAUAGGAUUUUUAACGAAUUUUGUAAUAACUAAUUGGCAUUUCUUAUCCUGUACAUAUAUACUUAAUUAUUCAUUUACUGGAAAAUCAUAUCUCCCUAUAUCGUGUUUUGUUGAUAUGGCAAAACAAAUCAUGACUACUACUAUCACUGUAUGUCUAUUGUUACCGCGCAAUGUAAGUGGUUUGCCUUAAACAAAUUUUAUGUUAGCGAAAUACUUUUCUAGUUAGAAAAUAUUUAUUAUAUGUGUGUUUGUGCUCAUCACAUGAGGUUGUCACAUGAUGAAUUGUCAUGCGCAGCUUUUACAAUGUAAUACUGCAGGUCAAAGGUCAUAUGAAAUCCGGACAAGAACUGCAUGAUGCCAGUCCCCGUUCGCCAAACUUUUCAGAAGGUUAUGUAAUCAGAGAUCACUCUAAAGGUUGUUUCCGAAAAGGAGGUUUUGCUAUCUUUAUGGAUCGACCAAAAAUGUCUAACGUUAAAAUCGAAAAUGAAAUUAAAAUUCCCAAAUAUCCAAUUCCAAAUCUCCGCGAAAAAUGGUAUUGCUUUGUAUUCAAUAUCUAGAUAAAACCGCGAAAAUUUUGAACAAUCUCAAAACACCAUUUGAAAGUAAUUUUUCACAACGACAUUAUUUUACGACAUAAUUUACAUUUUACCAUGUAAAGAAAUUAAUUCUCGAAUUACAUGUAACUGUAAACAAUUCAAUUUUCACAUGCGGUUUUAUUGAAAGGAGACAAACAACAAUAAAAUAAAGGUUGUUUCCAACAGGAAGUUCAAAUUCAAAUCUACAGGUAGCAGAAAUAUCAGAAUGAUGAUGAUGAUGAUGAUGAUGAUGAUGAUGAUGAUGAGAGAUGUUGUACAGGAUAUCUAUAUUUCAGGGGAACCAGUAUUGUUAGGGAUCGAUGGUUAACUUUGACGAAUUAUUAUUCGCAUGGUGUCCAUUUGAUAAAUAAUAUGAAGAUUUGCAUUAGUAUUGUACACCUAUGUUUCAUCUAUGAUAAAUUAUAUUAUAAUUCUAAAUAAAAACUUUUGUUUUCUA